AUGGCGUCCACAUUGUCGCACUCCGCCGUUUUUGCAGCAGGCUUGCUGAUUGGAGUUGGAUCCAUAUUUUACUCAACUCAACGCUCAAGCCAUCAUUCAGCCCACGCGCAAAACCAGAGCUCGGCCACCACGAUUCCCACCAACUCGGCCAGCAGUCAACAGGCUCCUUUCCAACAACAGCACUUCUUCUCAGCCCCGCAAGCACCACCCAUCCCUCACCAUUCGUCAUCGCUCCAAGAGAUCCUUAGAUUUGGCAAUCCUGGCCCGAUCAGCGAUUUCUUUGCAAGAGAGGCAUACGCAGUUGGAUAUGACAGAAGGACGAGGAAUCCCGCGUGGACAGCCGAGCAUUUGACGAGUAGUAACUUGAAAUCGGGGGAUGGCGAUGAUAAACCAGAUCGGUCUCAUUCAACAUUUCAUGAGGAUAUGUCAAUCCCUAGUCAAUUUCGAUCCAAACUAAGCGAUUACUUCCGGAGUGGGUAUGAUCGCGGACACAUGGUCCCAGCGGCAGAUGCCAAAAGAAGCCAGUCAGCCAUGAACCAGACCUUUUUACUCUCGAAUAUCGCACCUCAAGUCGGAGAGGGAUUCAAUCGGGACUAUUGGGCACAUCUUGAAGGCUUUGUUCGCCAACUCACCAACUCGUUUCAAGACGUUUAUGUUUUCACCUUGCCGAUGUACCUUCCCAAGCAGGAUCCAGUGACCAAUAAGCAGAUCGUGAGCUACGAAGUGAUCGGUAAUCCACCCAACGUAGCCGUCCCGACCCAUUUUGCCAAAGUGGUUUUUGCAACCGGAGGAAAGUUGGAUUCGGGCGGCCAAGGAGUGCUGGGCUCCUUCGUCCUUCCAAACGACAAGAUCUCGAACGACCAGCCACUAACGUCAUUCGAAGUACCCGUCGAAUCGGUCGAAAGGUCGGCUGGGUUGACCUUAUUACCCGAAAGUGUCAAGAGCAACCCUGUUAGACUUUGCUCCACCGUCCAAUGCGAUAGCAUAUUGAGAAGUCUCAGCCAAAUCACUUACAACAAGCCCAAGAAACCAGCCAAAUGA